AUGAAAAACGAAGAUCACAAGGAGAAAGAUACAACCAUACCUUUAGUUUGUCUCAAGCCGGUCGGAGACCGCCGGAAUCGCCGCCGCAAGAUCCCGGAUCGGGGAGAGGAGAUCGGAGUUGAAGCGAUAACAUGCAAUAAAUCUUGUCAGAUCCUUAGUAAUCAAGCAUCGUUUACUAUCCUAGCCACGGAUCCAUCCCUGUACGAGGCUGCAACAUCCGGCGAUGUUGGUUACUUGAAAAGAAUUAGAGAUGGUGAUGACCCUAUCGAUCUUCUCAGUCAGAGGACCCCUAAAGACAGCAAUAUUCUUCAUAUUGCAGCUGAAUUCAAGCAAAUAGAAUUUUGCCAUCAAGUCUGCCAUGAUGAUCAAUAUUCUCAACUCUCUUGGCUCACCAACAAGAAGGGCGACUCCCCCCUUCACUUUGCUGCGAGAGUAGGAUGUGAGGAGAUAGUAAAGCUACUCAUUGAUCGAGCGAGAAAAGUGGACGAGGAAAACGGAGCUGCAGUUGCUGGUGAUGCUCAAGAAGGGCUACUCGAAAUUGUUAAUAUUCAAGAAGAUACAGCAGUGCAUGUUGCUACUCGAUGUGGCCACCAUGGAGUGGUAUCUCUCUUAAUGGCCGCCGACCCCAAACUGUGUUUUAUGACUAAUACUGCUAAUGAGUCGCCCUUGUUCCUAUCUACUCGUCUGGAAUUUUCAGUCAUAGCAAGUUCUAUUCUAAGCGAGUGUCGCAUAAUUCCUUCUUUUCUUGGGACCAACGGUGUUACAGCUUUACAUGUUGCGGUUACUCACCUCGACGCAGGCCUUGUGAGGAGUAUGGUUUCCAAAAGCCCUGAAAUGAUUAGAGAAGUCGACGCACUUGGGUGGACUCCCUUACAUUAUGCAGCCAUGAAAGGACAUACCGUUAUAACUCCAGAACUUCUGGACGGUGAUAGUUCUGCCUGUUAUAUAUUGGACAAAUCCGGAAUGUCAGCUCUCCAUGUUGCGGCUUAUACAGGACACACCAAUGUGAUUGAAGAAGUGAUUCGAUGUCGCCCUGAUACCUGUGAUUUGCUGAACGACAAAGGCCAAACAAUUCUUCAUGUUGCUGUGUUAGGUGAACAACGUUCUGUUGUCAAAUACAUAUUGAAGACACCAAAACUAGCUGGACUUACAAACGAAGCAGAUGAAGAUGGAAACACUCCUCUGCAUUUGGCUGCCAUUUGUGAGAAUCGUAAACUUGUAAUAACACUGGCACACGAUCGUAAAGUUGAUAAGACUGCUAUAAACAACGACUUGUCGAAGGUGGUCGAUAUUCUACUUGGUGGCAGUAAUCUUUUUAAACAGGAUGGUCGUGCUCCUUUUGCUUCUAUCCUCUUGGGGAACUUUAUUGGUGUGCCAUUCUUCCAUAGGAAAAUCUCCUCUGAUUUCAUGAAUAUAAAAGAGUUGGGGAAUAAUAUGUCGGUCAUUGGGGACGAGAGGCAACAGCUGCCAGAGCCAGGUUAUUCAGAUGAGAUGUUGUGGCUGUUGAAAAGAUUCGAUACCAAUAUGCUAGUAGAAAUUCUCAUUGCAACCGUUACAUUUGCAGCGGUUUUCACCGUACCUGGAGGAUAUAAAAGCGAUGGAACUCCAGUUUUACAAGACAAGGCCUCUUUCCAGGUGUUUCUGAUCUCCAACGCCUUCUCCUUCAUAGUAUCAAUUUUUGUGGUGUUCUUCAAUUUCUUGUCAGCAAAUAUGUACACAACACUCUUUGGCGUACGGGGGUUUUCGUUCAGUACUCCAUUAUUGGAAUGA